ACUCUACUGCUGGAUGAGACCUUUAAAAUGUUUUUCAUCUUCUUGCUGUAGCUUUGGGGUUCCGUUUUUUCUUUCUUUUUUUUUUUUUUGGUAAAGAAAAAUAUUUUGGUUAUCGCGCUGACUUUUAAUUUUUCUUUUUUUAAAAUUUAUCCUUCCGUCUUUUUCCUCUCCUCCCCUUCCCCGAUGAACCUCUUCUCGGUUUGCACUUUGCAUGAAAAAGACCAGAGGAAAGACAUCAUGAAGUGUUAAAAAAUAAUCAUAAAGCCACCUUUGCAGCAACAACAACUAACAACUCCAGCUGCAGUUUGCAAAGCUGCAAAAACAGAGAGAGAGAAACAACCUUUACGCAAAAGGCGAAUAGAAAGAGCAACCCGCUCUGAUGCAUCAUCAAUACUAUAGGCUCUGCAAAGGAUAAUAAAGAGAGAGAGAGACAAACAGUCGGUGCAAAUUGGAGCGAAGGUUGCAAGGGGCUGGUGGAGAGAGAGAGAGAAGGAAAAUAUAUAUUGCAAAUAAUCAAGCUGGCUCACCCGGUUGCAACUCAGAGCAGUCCCCUCGCUCCUGGUGCGCACCCUUUCUGGAGGACUGUCAGCAGCAAAAGGAUGGCAUCAGAACUGGCAAUGAGCAACUCCGACCUGCCCACCAGUCCCCUGGCCAUGGAAUAUGUUAAUGACUUCGAUCUGAUGAAGUUUGAAGUGAAAAAGGAGCCGGUGGAGACCGAUCGCAUUAUCAGCCAGUGCGGCCGCUUGAUCGCUGGGGGAUCGCUCUCUUCCACCCCGAUGAGCACGCCCUGCAGCUCGGUGCCCCCUUCCCCGAGCUUCUCGGCGCCCAGCCCGGGCUCUGGCACGGACCAGAAGACCCACCUGGAAGAUUAUUACUGGAUGACCGGCUACCCGCAGCAGCUCAACCCAGAGGCGUUGGGAUUCAGCCCCGAAGACGCGGUGGAAGCGCUGAUCAACAGCAGCCACCACCAGCUCCAGAGCAGCUUCGAUGGCUAUGCUAGAGGGCAGCAGCUGGCCGCCGCGGCGGCCGGCGCGGGGGGCUCCAUGCCCGGGGAAGAGAUGGGCUCCGCCGCCGCCGUGGUCUCCGCGGUGAUCGCUGCCGCCGCGGCGCAGAACGGGGCGCCCCACUACCACCACCACCACCACCCGGCGGGGCACCACCACCACCAGCAGCCGGGCAGCGUGCAGUCCAGCAGCAGCAGCAGCAGCGGCAGCAGCGGCGGCGGCGGGGGAGGCGGCGGUGGUGGAGGGGGUCUGCACCACCAGCACCACAGCAGCGGCCUGCAUUUCGACGACCGCUUCUCGGAUGAGCAGCUGGUGACCAUGUCGGUGCGGGAGCUGAACAGGCAGCUCCGGGGGGUGAGCAAGGAAGAGGUGAUCCGGCUGAAACAGAAGAGGAGGACCCUCAAAAACAGAGGCUAUGCCCAGUCCUGUCGCUUCAAGAGGGUCCAGCAAAGGCACGUCCUGGAGUCAGAGAAGAACCAGCUGCUGCAGCAAGUAGAGCACCUAAAGCAAGAGAUCUCCAGGCUGGUCCGGGAGAGGGACGCCUACAAGGAAAAAUAUGAGAAGCUGGUCAGCAAUGGCUUCAGAGAAAACGGAUCCAGCAGCGACAACCCUUCCUCUCCAGAGUUUUUCAUGUACCCAAGAGAAUCUUCUACAUCGGUGAUGUGAAAAUGCCUGUUGCCUGAAGUUAAAAAAAAAAAAAAAGAAAAAUGAUGCUGGAAUGCUGAUGGCUUAAGACAACUUUUUGGCAUGAAGACAGCUACAAAGCACAAAAAACAAAAUAUGAACUCAGAAAGAAACAAGAAAAAAAACAGCGUUUUCAUGGCAUCGACAAGAAGCUCUUUAUUUUUCCUCAAGUUUUCUUUUCUAAAAAAAUGGAACUAAAACAUUUGCAGAAACAAGACAAACUUUCUCUUCAGGUGACAAUAUUCAAGCAUGUUCUUUUACUAAAUUUAAAUUGAAAGAAAAAAAAAACUUUGAACAGGAUGCAGUAUCAGGAGAACUGUGAACCUUGAAAGACAACAAAACAAACUCUUUAAAACUGUGAACCAAGAAAUGGAAGGAACAACUUUUAAACCCCUGAUUACACCCUGUGUGUUCUUAAGGAGACAACAUCAUCUUUUCCUAAAGCAACAAUAUUUAGGGAAUGGUUUGCAACAUACCUUUUAUUAUAAUCUUUUAAGGAAAACCUGCAUAUUUAAUAAUUAGCAAUGGAGUAAAUCUGAUUUUACCAUUUCUGUUCAAAUGUCUUUUUGCACCUUCCUUUUCUAGACAGCACAGUUAUAUUUGCAGCCAGCAGCCAAGGGCAGGGAAGCUUGCGUUCUUUAUUACUAUUAAUUUUGUUUUUAUUUGCCACACCCAAUAAAAACUUAGUAGGGAAAAAAAUAAGCAGCGCUAUCAUCUCCUGAUCAGUGCAUAAGGCCUAACAGCAAAUAAUUACCACACUAUAGAGGAAAUCCCAUGUUAUUUUGGGGCUAUUCAUGUAGCCAUUAAUCAAAGCAUCAAAAAAUAUACUCUGCAUUGCUCUUCUAAAAUAACUCAAAAGAUGCCUCCUUGAAUUAUGCUUUGAACGGGCUAUAACCAAAAGAAAGAGAACCAAGACUAACUAAACCCCAGAAAGCGAUACUGUCCCUUUAACUCACAGUAUUCCCCACUUCCCAUUAGUACUUAGCAUUUUUCACUAUGUUCUGACUGAUAUUAUUUCAUUUAACACAAGCUAAUCUGUAUCUGAGGUAUAUGGAAACCCUUGAGAUGAUAAGAUUGGAAAGGCUCCAGAGUUGGCAGUUUUCUAGUGUGCACAUACUCUGUGUGUUUUGAUCCUUGCAGAAGCUCCCUGUUAUUUGGACUGCCUGCCAAUUCGUUCUUGGAUCAGUCUCUCGCUUAGCUCCCACAAGGCUGCAGCCAUCACUUCAUUCUGGGCCUCUUGUGAUGGCAAACAGCGACAGCAGUUGUUGAAGUACAUUCCUCCCAGGCCCUCCAGCUCUGGAGCGGUGGCACAGUAGACAGUUGUGGCAGCUCCUUGUUGCUAGAAUUGAAAAAAAGAAACAAACAAAAAAACAUAUUAUAGUUCUAAUUUUGACUGUGGUCCUAUGAAGCCAUGUGUCUUAUUAAAAUACCCAUAAAAAGCAUUGCAACUGACAGGUAACUCACAGCAUGACAGUGUUAAGGGUAUUGGAUGGUAGUGUUAAAGACACUACAUUACUAUCUGGAAGCCAAUUUGAAUACACCUUGGUGACCUUGUUUCUUUUUUUGCACCUCUUAAAGCAAACUCAAAAUACAGGGGUCCAAGGUCUAUGCCAUCUUUACUCAGACAAAACGUUCUGCAACUUCAGUGAGAAUCUUGCCUGAAUAGAACUUCAGGAUCUGGCCAGCUGGGAUUAUGUGAAACAAACACAAAAAUUUAAAAGCAACACACACACCAUGUAAAACCUUCCUGAUUUUCCUUUGGAACAAAAAAAACCCUACUUACCAAACUACUUAAUAUCCACCACUUCCUAGUUUUGAUAAGCAAUCCAGACUGACGUAUUUUAUAUCUUUAAAAUCUCUUGUACAAUAUUAACCCGGACAUUCCAAUUAAGGCCUAUCAUGUAAAGUGCUAAUGGGAUCUGUGCCCAAACUGUCCAGAUAUCUUUGGUCAACAAUUUUACUGUGGCAGCUGUCACCACUGCUGUGUGAGAAUGUUUAUCUACUGCGCACAGAGAGUGUAGUUCUUAAUUUGCAGAGAUUCAAUGCUAUCCAGCGGUUUUGCCAUCCUUCUAAGACCUACUUCUAGCGUCUUGUAAAUCACUAAGAAAUAUAACAAAUAGAUUAGAGCUGUGGAGGCAGCUUUUUUUAUUAUUAUUCAAAAAUCUAAGCUCCAAUGAGGAAAAUUGAUCGCUUUGAAUUUUUCUGAUGGAAAGCGGAGGGAUUAACAGUUGAGGCCAUAACUUUUUAGAGAGUGCAUGCGUGCCUGUGGUGGGAUAUUGCAUCAUCAGGAUUGGCAAAGCUGUGUCAGAAAAGCUGUAAAGAGGGCAAGAAACCACUUUGCUUUGCCAGCUAUAAUUAGGAUGGAGCUCAUUGCGAAACACCUUGUACGCAGCUCUAAUUUAAAACCAAUACAGUUUAUCCAGGAUCUGAUGAUUAUUAAUGUACAUCAUAGUCCUGUGCCAUAUGUGGCAACAAAUUAAGAAUCAGAAUAGAGAGGCUAUCGAGUAUGAUAGAAAAGGUAACUAAAGAGAAAAUAGAUGUUACUGAAAUGAGAUUUGAUAGGGGGCAAGAAUGGGCUUCACUCUCUUUUCCUCCAAAUUAUUUUCUUCUCUCAGUUCCAAUGAUUAUAACCAUGGCCUCUCACAAUGCUGCUAAUGGAUCAGCCAGUGAUGGAGUGGCAACCAAACCACAUAUUUAAUGUUCUCAUCUUUCAGUGGCAGCUUUGAGUCUGAAUUGUCCUCAAGUUGGGUUUCUCCUUUGCUCUCAAAUUAUGUAGCAUGGCAAAGAAAGGUACAUUACAUUUUUGUAGGGUCCAUAUUCUUCUCUCAAGAUGGGAAUAAGCUGAGAAUGACGACUCAGAAAUGGUCUGUUGGGACACCACCAAUAUUGGCUGGUGCAAUGAGGAAAAAUAAGAUUAUUUCUGGACAAAAGAGCCUUUUCAGGUUAAAUUGCUAAAUAUUAAAAUGAUUUUAUUAAACCAAAUCAUUUAUUUGAGGAAACAAUGCCUUUAUAAAUGUGUUUGGUAGAAUCUAGUAGCAAUAACACCUACCACAAUGUAAUAUGGUUCUAUAGCAAUUACAAUAAAAGUAAUAUAAUUUACAGAUAAUUAUAGGCUUUCUGUAGAGUUCCACAGCCUAAGUAUUCCAUCCAAUUUCAUAGAGUGGUUCAAAACACCCAUAGAAAGUUAUUGUUUUUGUAUUCUAUCCCACAGGAUUUUCAUAAGAGUAAAAUAAAACGUAUGUUUAACGCCAAAGACUAAUUGCUAUACUGUGGCUGAAAAGCAGCUUUCUAGCUAGCUCAGGCUAGAUUUAAUCAGAAGUGAGCUCAUUCAUAAAAUGGAAGUUUUACUGUAGUUUAUGAUUUUUUAACUUCUGAUGAACCAAACUCACUUUUUAACAAAAUCUUCAGUAGUUAAUAGGGGCCAAAUAUCCCAUAAUGUAACUGGUAGAUACCAAUUCAGGGUCUGGUCCUGUAAACCCGACAAAGCUAAGCUCCAGGUGAACACAACAUGAGUGCUGGUGCACGGACAUCUUUAUUUAAAGUGAAGAUAAAGGAUGUGAAGCUGGAAGACUGCAAUAUUUUACCAUUUAAAGCUUCCAUUGUUUCUUACUAUGUCAAGUGCUACUUCACCUACUUCCAAAUGUUGUGCUCAUUAUGUGGGCUAUUCUGGAGAAACGAGCACAGCAGCUUUAUCAUCAAGAGAACAAUACUUUUUUUUUGUCCUUAAGAAGGGAAGUUAAAUCAUAUUUAUCCCACAGAAGCAAACAAUGUGGUGGGUGAAACUAAUAAUAUUUAGCAUUGACAUCUUCAGAGCAACGCACUAACACUAAGUAAUUAAAGCUCAGAACAUCCCUACAGGCACAUCAGUAUUACUGACCACAUUUCAACAGGUGGGGAAACAGACACACACCCCAGGUUUACAUUUAAACAUCCGUGGCGGCUCAUGUCAGCUGGCUUGGGCUAUGGGGCUGUUUAAUUAUGGUGUAGAUGUUUGGGCUCGGGCUGGAGCCUGGGCUCUGGGACCCACGGGGAGGCUGGAGCCCAAACAUCUAUAUCGCAAUUAAACAGAGCCAUAGCCCGUGUCAGACGACAUGGGCCAGCCAUGGGCGUUUAAUUGCAGUGUGGACAUACUCACAGGGGCCUAGCCCAAAGCUACAGAAGGAGCCAGUGUCAAAAAGGUGAUUAGAACUAAUGAGUUCCUGGCUCUUUGUCUUGUGCUCAGGCCAUUAGACCAUGCUGCCCUACUGAGUGCGAAGGCUUUGAGGGGACAAAGUAUCCCUUUAAAUCCAACUGGAACCCAAAGUGCUUUAGGAGGGGUUUAUAAUGCAGAGCCCUCAAAAUGCCAACACAACCACACAUACUUAAACGGAUUGGGAGAACACUUUUUUUCUCAGCAAACAUUGUUUAUCCUUCAUCAGCACUGUCAUUUGAGUGAUACCUUUAUAUGGUAAGCCAUUAUAUGACAGUUUAAUAACAAGUUUUAAUUUUUUGCUCAUCAGCUUUCCGGUUCACAUAUCAUCAGCAUAAGACAAAACAGGAUGUCAGGGAAUCUAAUUAGUAAACAAUUCCAUACUGCUGAUACAAGAUGAAACAUUCUUAAACUGCUAAAAAGAGCACUUUAAUCACCGAUGAAUGACUUCCAAUGCCAAAGCGGUUUGUGCCAUGUCAGUACAUAAUUUGAAACAGAUUAAAGUACCAUAUAAAAGAAUUAAUGUUAACAACUCCAUUAAAAAAGUCUUAAACAGUGAGCUUGUCAGUUGUCACAAAUGUCCAUGAUCUAUUGUGAUUUAAAAAGAAAACUUAUAAACAAUGAUAGAAGGUCUGGGCAACCAAAACACUUUUUUUUUUUUUAUCAGAAGACUGUCAGUUGUAUGUGGUGCUAAUCACCAAAGCUGGGGGGGUCAGCCAUCUUUAACCUGUAACAAAAGUAGUGAGUUAGAAUGAUGAAUACACAGGAUAAAGAAUUUCUGAGGAGUCCAGCUGAAUCUUUAAUCAUGCCUGAAUGCCAUUUCCGAUCCAGUCAAACAUUUGAAAGCUGCCAGGCUAGUCCCAUGCCAUCAAUCUUUAUAGUGUAUAUAAAAUUACCCAGGAAUCUUGUUUUGGCUUAAGUUAAAGAGUGUCUUGGUAAUAAGGGUUCAUCAUUCUCUUUCACAAAUCAUUUGUCAGAUUUGCAGUACAAUCUUAAACUACUGCAGGGUGGGAUUUAUAAAGCAGUUUCUGUUUGUUUAUACUUGAGCCUCAAAAAUCUAAAUUAUCCAUCCUUCCAAAAUCCUUUGUUGGGAUAAAAAUGUUAAGUAGCUACGAGUUUGUAGGCAUUUAUUUGCUAACUGCUAGCUAUCAAUUUGUAGCUGAUGGCACUGAAUAAAAUGAAAAUCGAGUAUCUUAAUGGUAAAAUAAACGGAGUUCUUGAUAGACAGUAUAUGGUAAAAAAACCUCAUUAAUAUAUGUAAUGCACCCAUUAGUAUUCUAACUUACUAUUUAUGUUCCUGAUAAGAAAACAUAGUAUACAGUUAAUGUUUAGUUUUCAGAUUUGUCUAUUUUCAAGUGCAUGUUUAUUUUCUAAAAUUAGAGACCUGUUCUGAAGCAGGUUUAAAAAUGAAGCAUAUAAAUAAAAGAAACAAAAGUUAUAAUGUACCCGUAUAUUCAUCAACCACAAAUGAAUAGGCACCAUUCUAAACAGUAUUAAUGGCAUACCAAUAGAACUGAACAUUGCAAAGCAAUGGAGAUUGAAAAAGAUGUGAUUUAUUUUAUGUAAUGAACAAUUAAGAGUAAGGGUUUGUAUGCAAAUAUCCUAACGGCAAGUUUGACAUAGUGCAUUUUGAAAGGUGGUCACUGGAAACAUGUGAAUUCAAAAUUAUAAGAGAGGAAAAUAUUUGUGACAAGAUCCAAAUUCAAAGCAAGCAGCUCUGGUAAAAUGAAAAGGCAAGUGCUUCCUUAAAACUAUUCAAGCUUUCCUUGUUAUUCAUCUCAGGUCUAUUAGGUAAAGCAAACACUUUUGAGAUGCAAAAAACAGCAGAUUAAAACAGCUGCAUUGUGAACAUGCUACCUAGAUUGGAAUAAUUUAUUAUACAGCAGUGGAGAGAUGAGGUAAUAAGCACAUAUUCCACAUCAUGGAAUAAAUGGCACUUUUCACGCCCUUUCCGUGCCUCUGAAUAACACACUUAAGAUGGAUCUUAAAGCCACUCUGGUAGAUGGUGGAAACCCAAUGUUUUGUAGUUUAUCUGUUGGUAUCUCUGCACUGGGUAAUUACUGAUUCCAUAGGAAAGGUCUAUUGUAUAAGUCCUAGUUGGAAAACAACAUGCAAGGAGAUCGUCUCCCGAAUGAUCAACUUCACAUUUUCUAAAGCGGACUCUAAAACUGCUCUUACAAUUUUAUAAACAUACAGCCAUUUCUUCAGCUCGGGUAAAUCAGUAGCUGAAAAUGUAGCCAAUCAUUUCUUUACAACCCUGGUUCUGCACAUGCAAACUAGGUCCAACUACAUGAUGUGCUUCUGGAAACAUACAUGCCAACCCAGACUGCCUGCCUGCACAAAAGCAUGCUGCAGAUGGUUGGGAAUGUAAUGUUUGAGAUUGCAACUUGAAAGAAGAGGCUUUGGCUCCUGUUCUAUAAUAAAAUUGGGCUCAAGUCACAAAAUUUGAAUCUAGAUUUGAAUUUCUAGUAACCCCAAAGUGAAGGAUGUCCAGAACUUGGAUUUUAGUUCAUGUUCCUCUCAAUAUACAUCCAUUCCCUUCUCUAGUUACCACAUUAAAAAUGUUUAAAAUAGUAAGUAUGAAUUGGUAUUCAUUUUGUAUGAUUCACAUGUCUAUGUGGGCAUAGCCUAAAACAACCAAUGGACAUAGCAGCAGACGUCUCUAUAAACAUUAGCAAUUAUAAAUCAUUACUCCCCAUCGGUAAUUCAUUCGGCCUUUAGGAUUUCCCAGUGUCCUGAAGCACUUUUAGAAGCCAAUCUUGAGAGUUUCUGAGAAGCAUAAGCUGCUGUGGAAGCCAGUGGGAAAUGAGAGAACUCAGCCUAGGAUCUUAUUUGCUAUAUUUCACAUUUUGUUACUAAGGACUUCUUAUUAGAUGACAAGAUUAAUUAGCCUCCUGGGGUAAAAAUCAAAUCCAAUCAAAAUAAACUUUUAAGAAUACUAUUAAAAGUAAUACAUUUCUCUUUGAAAUACAUGUUGUUGCUGCCAAAGGGUAGUGUGUGUGGUGUUCAGAUGGUUCUCUCUUGUACAAUGCAGUGUACAGUUUUAAUCUCAUACAUGGCAUCAUUAUAUCAGAACUGCUUACCUCUGUUUACAGUACUCCAACCCACAGCACUCCCCAAAUGACACUGUUGGCCUGAGAAUAUAUGUAUUAAUGUAAAAUAAGCAAACAGGACUCCCGGGUUGUUUCUUCAAUAGAGAAAUGUGAAGUAGAGACUCGGGUGAAUAUGGUAAAUUGAAACCAUAUCUGUAAUCAAAAAAUGCCACUUCUGAACUGCCAGGUCUGAUUGAAUGACAAAUAAGAAUCACUUCACUCAAGGUGCGACCUAUACCCAACAGCCAGCAAGAAAACCUGACCCGAACUAGCUCCGUAAUUACCACCUUUUCAAAGGUCUUAUUGAACCACAUCAAAAUCAGAGAAAUCGCUGCAAUCUCUUUUUCCUCAGAAACCCUCCGUAUCAACCAGUGUAGUCUCUUAAAAGACAGUACAAUACUUAAACUAAAAUCUAGAAGAUUUGCUUAUUUACUCUGAUCCAUUCCUUUUCAAUUAAUUCCCCAAAAUAUUUUACAACAAAGGCUCAAAAUAUAAAGGCUUCUGUACUUGCAAAAUAUUUCCUAGUUGGUUUCAAGGGGUAACUUUACACACAGUCGCUAAGACCUCUUCACACUUUACAUAUAUUAUAGCAGAUAAAUACUUUAUAUUCCCUGAGUAGGAAAACUGCAACAGUUCACAAAAGAGGAUUUGUUUUCUACUGCUGAGGCAUUAAGACUGAGUGAUUAUUUCAAUGGUAUUCAGUAUAUUCAGUUAUAUUUAAACUACACUCUAGGUUUUAACUUUGCAAAAGAAAAUGUUUCCAUUGCAAUAAAUGUAUUUUGAUAAUGGCACUUUGGUGUUUGUGUUAUGCAACAGUCAAGAUGAUAUUAAUAAUGUCAAUGAAUUGUUUUUAAAAACUACAUACUUCCAACAUCCUGGGUCAAACAAAGAUUGCCUACCCUUUUUCCAUAGCAAAAUACAGCACUGGCUUGAAAGCCGGGAAACCCAGGCUGUAUUCCUGACCAUGACACUGACUCAUUGUGUGUACUUGGGCAAGUCACGUAACCUGUGUGCACAUCAGUUUCCCUGCUGUAAAAUGCGGCAGGGGGUAAUAUUAUUUACCCACCUCACAGGGCUGUUGUGAGGAUUAAUUCGUGUCUGUAAAGUGCUUUGAGAUCUUUGGAUGAAAAGCACUAAGUGUAAAGUACUAUAUUAUAAACUAUUAUUAAAGUGCUUAAAAGAUGUAGAACCAGGUUUUCAAAAUAUCCGAUAAAAGACAUGUUUAACGUACAUAUUUUUCUUUAUUGUAGAAACUCCACAGUUCAGCAGUAUGAAAUCCUAAAUCCUUUGCAACACUGGGCCCUAUUCUGAUCUCACGCACACCCGAUGGGUCUUUUGCCCAACUCAAAUGGAAAAGGGAGCUUAGCAAUGCUCUCCCUCAUACAAAUUUGCAUGUCUCCUGAAAAACUUGUCAGCUGAAGUACAGGUGAGCAUCCCAAAUGUAGAUGACAGAAAAGGAAACAGCACAAAGGAGGAUGUUCGAUGGGUUCAUUGCUCCAACACCUUUGCAUAUAUUACAAGGGGCCAAAUUGCACACGGGGAUACUUAUAGCAAGUUACCUAUUUCCCAAAAUGUAUCUCUUCCUCUUUCUAAAUAUCUUACUAAAGUGGGUGAUCUGUUUCUGAAAACUAUUUCCUUGAUCUUUAACUACUUUUUGAAGGGAAACAAUGUGACAUUGUACAACCAGCAUUUAAACAGCAGCAGAGCACUUCAGGACUUGCUGAUUUGGCAUUUUAACAGGGCUCAGCCUUUCACAGUGAUCGACUCUGCUUAAUUUUUGUCUCCAAAAUACUAGGCACUGUUUUCACCUGAUUUUAUAAAAUCAUUAUUCCACCCCACUGAUGACUAUGGACAUGAUGGUUGUUCCUCCCUGUCUGUUAUUGCUGUAUCAUAGUGCUUAGCAGCAGUGUACUACUUCAUAUCGUUCCCUAUUCUUGGGAUUUGAGAGUUACUGUUGGAGAACUAGCAUUGUUUGUUUCAUUCCAUUUUGGGGCAUGGACAAGCUUAGGUUGACCUUGGUACAUUCAUAUCCAAAAAGUGGAUUCCUUGUUCCAUUUCCCAAAAGUGGCCAUUGGCACUCAGGGCAAAGUGCCAAGGAGCCGGCACUCUUGGGCAUCAAAGGCAGCAAUAUCAGGGGUAGAUUGUGCUGGGUAAGCUCCCAUCACCAGAGCUUUUGGAAUCUGUACCAUAAUCCCAUGCAAGGAUACAUCGCACAAAACAUUCAAUUGGUCAAAAGGGGAAUCCCAAGGACAUAUUGGAAAUCACAUUGAACUAUAUAGCCAAUCAAACCAGGCCCAGAUAUUAACGGGCAAACAUGUAUUUGACACACAGGUCAGAAUUCUUAUCAGUAACACAUGUAACUUACCACAAAGAAAAAUCAGACACACUGCUCUCACUAAAACAUUCAGAAUAGGGUCCAUUGAUGCUCAGAUAUAUGUGAAUGCUGAAAGCUAAUUGGAAAUGAAGAAGAAUUUAUUGACACAUAGUUUCAAUGAAUAAUUUAUGUUGACUUGAACUGUUCUAAGUUUUUGCUGUACCUAACGUUAAUUUUAUAUAUAUAUAUAUACACACUUUAUAUAAAUGUACGUAUUCAUACAACUCCUGUAUAUGCUGUAUAUAUUUAUAUAGCCUUUUAAUACUAUUACUGGUGAGAAUUAAGACCUUUUUCAUGCACAGUAUUGCAAAGAAUGUCAUCUCAGUACAGAAGAAACCAACAAUUGGCUUCCUCUCUUAUUUUGUACAGAAUCAUUUUAGCCUGAAUAUGAUUUCAGCUGUGAGAGAAAAAAAACGAAACAGCAAUAUGCUUUUUGAGCAAAUGACCUUUUAGGGCAAGUAUGUAAAAAGCUGUUUGUUUAGGUUUUAAAGAUAAGGACUGAUUUUUAUCUGUUGAUAUACAUAUAUACAGCUCGGCACUAAAAUGCAUUGAAAAAAACCACAGGGUGUCAUGAUGGGGACAUAUCAUGAUUAGAAAUUAACUACUAACUGUCUUCCAGAAACUAAUUAAGGGAAUGUAUUGUGCAAUAAUACAGAUCUAGUAAACAGGCCUCUAAUGUCUAGGCUUAGCGCUAUAUGCCAAGCACUCCUGUAUUAUGUAUGUGUGAUUUUCAUAGAUAGCCUGCUGUAAAGCGAGCCCCGUUAGUGCAUCUUUAAGGCUCAAAGACACUGGCCUUGUUAAUAUUUCAUUUAGUACAUACUGUAGAGUCUCAUUUAUAUUACUUCUAUAAUUAAUGGUGAUAGCUUAGGCACUGCCUUUACAAGGAGAGAUCCCUGUAUGUUGGUCAAUGGAUAAUGAGAAACAAUAGAUAUUUCAUUCACCAGCAGCUUGUUGCUAGUUAGUAGGAAAUUAUUGUGUGUACUGUUGCUUUAAUUGCCAGGAUAAGUAAUGCUGCGCUGUGUUAGUGAACAUUUUAAAGCACUUGAUGCAAAUAGAAUAGAAACAAAACAAAACAAAAAAUUACCUUUAUUAUGCUAUACCUUAGCAUAGAGAGUUUAAAAGGUAUGUCUUAAAACAUUUGCGUUCUAUCAUGCAAAUAUAUCUUAAUAUGCAUGUGCUGACUAUUCAACUACUGUAUUUUAGGAAAUACAAUUAUGCUGCCUUUCUCUUCUCCUAUGUAGACUGUAAAUAACUGUAGAUCUUUCUCUUGUUUUCCUAUGUAAAUAUAUGUAAAUACUAACAAGCUAUGCAUGCUGAUAUUCUAGGCAAUUUCAGGUACUUUUAUAAUCUGAAGGCAUGUACUUGAACUGGUUUGUUAAAAAAAAAAUCAACCUUCUCAAACCCUUUAAAGCUGACUAGAAAUUAAAGAUUUCUUACUAGACUGGUU